AACUUAACAGGAAGAGAAUGUUCUGAUGUCCGUUGUAUUAACGGUUGUAGCUAUAAUAGGUUUUCAUCACAACUUCUUCACAAAUCUUCACUUUUACAGACAAGAACACUUUCCUCAUGGCUUCCACGUUGUCCAUUAAGAUUGGAAUAAUUGGUGGUUCAGGCCUUGAUGAUCCAGACAUCUUGGAGGGAAGGACUGAGCGUUAUGUCGACACACCUUAUGGAAAGCCAUCCGAUGCUCUGAUACUGGGGAAGAUAAAAAACGUGGAAUGUGUGCUCCUUGCAAGACAUGGGAGACAACACACUAUAAUGCCGUCUAAUGUGAACUACCAGGCCAACAUCUGGGCUCUGAGAGAAGAGGGCUGCACACAUCUGUUGGUUACCACGGCCUGUGGUUCACUCCGAGAGGAGAUCCAGCCAGGAGACAUUGUCAUCAUAGAUCAGUUCAUUGACAGGACCACCAAGAGGGCUCAGACGCUGUAUGAUGGGCAGCCCACCAGUCCUUCAGGAGUGUGUCACAUCCCCAUGGCUGAGCCUUUCUGCAACAGAACCAGAGAGGUUCUGGUGGAGGUGGCGCGGAGCCUGGGGGUCAAAUGUCAUGUGCGAGGGACUAUGCUGAGUAUCGAGGGCCCCCGCUUCUCCUCGCGGGCCGAGAGCCUGAUGUUCCGCCAGUGGGGCGCUGACGUCAUCAAUAUGACCACUGUGCCAGAGGUGGUCCUCGCCAAGGAGGCCGGCUUGUGCUAUGCCAGCAUCGCCAUGGCAACAGACUAUGACUGUUGGAAGGAGCACGAGGAGGCGGUCUGUGUUGACAACGUACUGAAGACGAUGAAGGAAAACGCCAACAAAGCCAGCAGUAUCCUGCUGACUGCAAUACCUCAGAUUAGUCAGAUGGACUGGGCUCAGACAAUAAAGACCUUGAAAUCGAUGGCACAAUCUUCAGUAAUGUUACCGAAACAUUAAGUGUGCAGAAAACAAUUAGAGAAGGAUCCCAGACUCCUCACCACAUCCUCAUCGCCACGGACAUCAGACUCAAUUCCACCUUUGGAUUUGUCAUCAGUGAAUCACAAGAAAGUGCCUCACAUAAAUAAUGCAUGUGCUCUCUCUUCGGCUGGAAUUUCAGUGUUUAUUCUCAACUCAAAAUACACCUACAAUCCCCCCCACCCAUCCCCUUCAUACUCAAUCACAGGUCAGUGUUUUUCUCUGGAACACUCAUUGGUAUCGUUACAUGUUUUGGUACAAAGCAUCUCAAAAGAUAACAAAGAUUUUAAGUCUUCUAAAGAUUCUACUAGAUGUUAUUUUUUGUGGAUUUAUAUUUUUUGUGGUCUGUGAACAUUUAAAAUGUAUAUACUUGCCUGUAAACCAUUGGUGUCUUUAUUGCUGUUCAAUGCAGGAUUAAAAAUGCUUUGCAAGUGUAGCACAUGAGUACUUAGUUACAGCCUUAGUUACAACAAAUGUAAUACUUUUAAAUCCAAUGUAUCAGAUCAAGUAAAAUAUUUUAAAAUGCCUGAAUACACUUCAGCAUUCUUCUGUCUUGUUAUUAAUAAGGGGAAUGAUUCUAUCUUUGAUUUGCAGGUCACAUUUUUUAUAUUUUUUCGAAUUCCUUCAUCUUUAUUUGCUCUUCAUUACUGUUUUAUAUGUUUCAUGAAUCAAAACCCAACAGCACCUAAUUUGUAUAUAGUAUUGGAUCUGCACUGCACACGCAAACUGACAGUAUUUGAAGUACUGUUGAGACACUGACAUAAUGUUAGAUGACUGACAUUUUUGCACAAUGUCAUGUUCCCCUUCCUUCUCUGUAUUUGCUGCAUCUGAAUGUCCUCACAUUGCACAGUAGCUAAAUGUACUUGAUACCUUGUAUUUCCUCUUUGAUGGCUUAGCUCUACAAUAUGAAUGCAAAAUUCAGCAUAAAUUGGCUCAAUAAAAACUUUGGAGAUUUGAA